CAUCGAAGAAGUCGAUGUUAGUGUAUGUUUUGGGUUAAGUUAAAUAGUAUUGUAAAUUCAACAAUAAACAACCUUUAAAAUUGCAGAUUUACGCAAAGUCUCUGUAAUAGAAGACUGUAGUUAAUCUGCAAUCAUUUAACUGAACCGAAUGUUGAAUCUACAGACGCGAUGGUGUUUUAUUGUAGCGCGUAUAACUGCAAAAACAGUACGAAGGACAAGAGUCUCUCAUUUCACGCGUUUCCUCUGCACAACCCCAAAUUGCUGAAGACAUGGCUGAAGAAUUUAAGAUGGAAGGACUGGACUCCAGCUUCACACAGUAAACUCUGCUCCGUCCACUUUGAAAAUAAAUGUUUUGUGUCCGAGGGGAAGAGAAUAAGACUGACACCAGGAGCUGUGCCGACCAUCUUUACAUUUUCAAACCGAAAGGCUAAGAUCGACCCAAGAAGUAGAAGGGCUUUGGGGAUUGUUGGCAACUUGAAUCCUUCUCAUCCAACUGUACAGAAUACGACAGCAGACUCAGAAAAGUUGGAUCAGUCCAGCUCUGAGAACAGUGCGAAGAAAAGAUUAAAAACCACAACAGAAGACCUACAAAACAAUGAGCUCAUGGGACAAGAUGAAAGACCACCAUGGACCAUCCUGGGAAAUGAUGCUCUUGACAAAAGCAUGACUAUAUCCAGCUUUUUUCACAGUGGAUACUGUUUGCCAAAGAACCUUUGCUGGGCAGGAGAUGAUGAUUUAAAUAUAAUGCCACAUGUAGUUUAUGGAGUUCCAGGACAAACCGAACCCCAUAUAAUUGAGGUUAAAGAGAGGUGGGAGUGGCUUGGCCUUGAUGUCAGAGGCCCGUUCCCCCCCACAGUAAAUAAGCACACACACAUCAUGACCCUGACAGACUAUCAUUCCAAAUGGGUGGAGGCAUUUCCUUUGACUGACAAACUCUCGAAGGAUGUGGCUGUGUGUCUCGUUGAAGUCAUUCAACAGCAGGGAUACCCUCUCGGAAUUCUCUCCCGGCUUCCAAAGGGAACCAUUGUGGAGAUUAACCGGGAGUUAAAGAAACGUCUGCAUCUGAAUGCAAACUCCUUGGUAAUACACCACCGACAAACUGGUUACCUGGAUCUGGUCACUGAAUCACUACUCAAUGAGAUGCUGGAUGAUCUUGUAAAGAAGCACAAAGGCUUUUGGCAUGUGGCACUUCCUGCUGCCACCCUUAGCCUCUGCUGCAUGAAUCACCCCACGACCAGAGAAAAACCAUUCAGCCGCAUGUAUGCCAAAGAGCCGGCAUUCUCAUCUUCACCCAGACAGCUCCCUUACAAUGCUACUGAUAUCCGCUUGAGUUCCUUUGUUAUAUCAUCCACCGAAGCCAAUAAUCUUAGAGCUGACACAGAAACAUUGGUGCAGUUGAGAAAUCCGAUUUGACCGGUACAGCAGAUGUCAUAUCACCUCUGAAUGUUUCGCUGUUUUAUUUCCUGCUCUCUUCUUUUUAUAAGUAUAAAAACAACAGGUUGUAAAUAAAAAGGCCUUUCAAGCAUAAAUUAAUAAAAUAUUUUUUAAACUGA